UCUUGUGUUUCAUUUUCUCUUCUACAAAUUUAACUGUCCUUUCUCACCCAAACCCUGUGGGGAAAUUCCUCUUCAAGAAGAGGCUUCUGUCUUAGAGAGUGAAUCCUGCACCUGAUCUCCAUCAAGUCAAGACUACUCCUCUUCGCCUAAAGCCCUGCAGGAGACUGUGAGCAAGAAGAGCCCCAGGAGUCAGGACCAGAGGAAGCAAGGGGAGAAUUGCAAUGGAUUUUUCAGCACAGGUAAAUCUUCAGAAGGAGGUGACCUGCCCAAUGUGCCUGGAGCUCCUGACAGAACCCCUGAGCCUGGAUUGUGGCCACAGCUUCUGCCAAGCCUGCAUCACUGCAAAGAUCAAGGAGUCAGUGAUCCACCUAGGGGGAGAGUGCAGCUGUCCUGUGUGCCAGAGAAGAUACCAGCCUGGGAACCUCCGGCCUAAUCCGCACCUGGCCACCAUAGUGGAGAGAGUCAGGGAGGUCAACACGAGCCCACACAAGUGGCAGAAGAGAGAUCUCUGUGAGCACCAUGGAGAAAAGCUCCAUUUGUUCUGUAAGAAUGAUGCGAAGGCCAUUUGCAGGCUUUGUGUGCCGUCUCUGGAGCACCAGGGUCACCAAAUAUUCUUCAUGGAGAAAGCGGUCAUGGAAAUCCAGGACAAGCUCCAGGGAGCACUAAAGAAGCUGAAGAAGGAGCAGCAGGAAGCUGAGGAGUUGGAAGCUGAUGUCAGAGAAGAGAGAGCUACCUGGAAGAAUCAUAUGCAGACUGAGAGACAGAGGAUUCUGAAAGGGUUUAAUGAAAUGAGAGGCAUCCUGGACAGUUUGGAGCAGAAGGAGCUGCGAAAGCUGGAGGAAGAUGAGGUGACUGUGCUGGAGAACUUGGUAGCAGCUAAAGACCAGCUGGUCCAACAGAGUCAGUACAUUAAAGAGCUCAUCGCAGAGCUGGAGCGUCAGACGUGUGUAUCAUCAAUAGACACACUCCAGGAUGUGAACAACCUCAUAAGAAGGAGUGAGACCUGGACCUUGAAAAAGCCAAAAAUGGUUUCCAAGAAACUGAAGCGUGCAUUCAGAGUUCCAGAUCUAAGUGGUAUGCUGAAAGUGUUUAAAGAUCUGACAGAGAUCCAAUGCUACUGGGUUGAUGUGAUGCUGAAUCCAAUCAACGCUAUUUCAAGUAUCAUUGUAUCUGCGGAUCAGAGACAAGUGAGAGUUGUGCACCCUUUUAUGUUUGGGAAUAUAUUUCCAUGUGAUUUGUCUGCUUUUGAUAUCUUGGGCUGUCAAAGUUUCUCUUCAGGGAAAUAUUAUUGGGAAGUAGAUGUGUCUGGGAAGACUGCUUGGAUCCUGGGGGUAUGCAGUAACAAACGGAAAUUCAAUAGACAAAAGAGUUCUGGGUUUGCUUUUGAAUCAAAUCUAAAUCAUCCAAAUGUUUAUUCCAGAUACACACCUCAACAUGGCUACUGGGUUGUAGGGUUACAGAAUGAAUCAGAGUAUAAUGCCUUUGAGGACUCUUCCACCUCUGAUCCAAAGGUCUUGACUAUUUCCAUGGCUGUUCCUCCCCAUCGUGUUGGGGUUUUCCUAGACUGUGAAGGAGGCACUGUCUCAUUUUUCAAUGUCACAAACCAUGGGUCACUCAUCUACAAGUUCUCUAAGUGUCGCUUUUCUGAUCCUUCUUAUCCAUAUUUCAAUCCUUGGAACUGUCCAGCUCCCAUGACACUGUGUCCACCAAGCUCCUGAGCCGCCUUCUUCCCUCACCCAUUUCUUGUGUCCGUUGUCCUGGGUUUCAUCUCUAUAUGUGAGCUCAUCUGCACCAUUCACACCAUCUCUUCCUGACGUAUCCCUUCUUUGCUUUAAAACUUUUACACAUCCUUGGGCUGUACAGUGUAUCUGGUUCACAUUAUGAGAGAUGCUCAUUUACCAUUGUUUGUGUUCUCAAAGAAAGGCAUAUAAUUCCUCCUAAAGGCAGAGCAGUAUUGAUAUAACAUUUGCCAUCCCAUUUCUUCAUAUUUUCCUUUAUCAUUGAUCUGAAGAGACUUUGCAAAGCCUGUCUGCCACCAUGCACAUUACCUAGGACAGUCCGUAAUCACCCUCCACAUACCAAAAACAACUAAGGAGUCUUUGGGUGCAUGUUUAUUUGUUGCCUAGGAUAUACUAGGUUCAUCAGAAAGUCAAAUAAAGGAAAACAUAAGCCAUAUAUGUACCGAAAGUGAAGAUUUUGUGUACAGAGUGUUUGAGUUCCUAUCCUAUCUCUUCUUUUAAAGAUGUGUAAUGAUGAAUAAAUUCUGGUUCCCUUUUCCUAAAAUACAAUUUCAGAUUUAAAACUACACUUAACUCUUAAAUCCUUGUGAAAAACUAAGUGUCACUCAAUGUAAAGCAGCUAAGUGUCCUGUAAAUUAUAAUAAAUAUUUUCUCUCAUAAU